AUGUGUCAUCUUUUCUCUUUCUUUCUUUCUUUCUUUCUUUCUUUCCAUAUUUUCCCUUGCUUUCUUAAUACUGAUUACAGCCUGGCAGAUCUUUCUUUCUUUCUUUCUUUCUUUCUUUUCUUUCUUUCUUUCUUUCUUUUCUUUUUCUUUCUUUCUUUCUUUCUUUUCUUUCUUUCUUUCUUUCUUUCUUUCAUUCUUUCUUUCUUUCUUUCUUUCUUUCCAUUUUCCCUUUCUUUCUUAAUACUGAUUACAGCCUGGCAGAUUCUUUCUUUCUUUCUUUCUUUCUUUCUUUCUUUCUUUCUUUUUUUUUUUCUUUCUUUUGGAUUUUUCCUUUCUUUUCUUAAUACUUUUCAGAUCUUUCUUUCUUUCUUUCUUUACUUUUUCCUUUCUUUCUUUCUGAUAUUUUCAGCCUUUCAGAUCUUUCUUUCUUUUCUUUCUUUCUUUCUUUCUUUCUUUCUUUCUUUCUUUCUUUCUUUCUUUCUUUCCAUAUUUUCCCUUUCUUUCUUAAUACUGAUUACAGCCUGGCAGAUCUUUCUUUCUUUCCAUUUCUUUCUUUCUUUCUUUCUUUUCUUUCUUUCUUUCCCCUUUCUUUUCUUAAUACUGAUUGCAGUCUUUUUUCCCUUUCUUUCUUUUUCUUUCUUUUAUUUCUUUCUUUCUUUUUUCUUUCUUUCUUUCUUUCAUAUUUUCUUUCUUUCUUAUCUUUACUUUCUUUUCUUUUCUUUUUUCUUUCUUUCUUUUUUUUCUUUCUUUCUUUCUUUCUUUCUUUCCAUAUUUUUCCCUUUCUUUCUUAAUACUUUUUUUGGCCAUUCUUUCUUUCUUUUUUCCCUUUUUCUUUCUUUCUUUCUUAAUUUCUUUCUUUUUUUACAGCCUUUCAGAUCUUUCUUUCUUUCUUUCUUUUCUUUCUUUCUUUCUUUCUUUCUUUCUUUCUUUCUUUUCUUUUUUCUUUUCUUUUUCUUUCAUAUUUUCCCUUUCUUUCUUUAA